AUGGACACUAAGUUGAAAGAACAAACACUGGGAACAGUUCAACUCCGCCACAAUGAAACUAAUGAAAUCAUUCUGGUACCCACGCCCUCAAAUGACCCCAACGAUCCUUUGAACUGGUCACCAACCCGCAAAUACUACAUUUUUUCGCUCACUUGUUUUGGAAUCUUCUUCGCCCAUGCCGUCAUUGUCGGGCCUGCUGUUGCCCUGGAGUUAAUCACUCUUGAGUUCUUUGGUCCUGGACCUGAAACUGUGUCAAACAACAUUGCUAAAGCAUCAUACCUUCAAACCGGGUGUUCACUCAUGAUUGGUGCGGGCAAUCUAAUCUGGGUGCCUCUUGCAAUCAAAUACGGCAGAAGGCCCGUUUACAUCGCGUCCUACCUUUUACUUACGGCAAGUUGCAUAUGGAGUGGAGCAGCGGCUUCUUUUGGCAGUGCACUUGUUGGCAGGCUCUUUCUCGGCUUUGCUUGUGCUGCUGCGGAAAUCGUCGCACCCUUGACAAUCACUGACCUGUUCUUCUUGCACCAACGCGGGCGUGCCAUGGUUAUCUACACAUGUUCCUUAUCUGCGGGUGUUGGUGUCGGCGUAGUGUUUUCGGGCCUGAUCACACAAACUUACAGCUGGAGGAUGAUAUUCUGGGUAUUUUCUGCCUUCGUCGGGACUUGUACGGUUCUAGUACUGUUUACCUUUCCCGAAACAAAUUAUCGAAGGCGAUAUAUAACGGAGGUAGAGGUAGUAUCAUCCAGGCACGAAUCCGCCAAGCCGUCUUCUCAGUGUCUUGAGAACCCUCCCUCUUCUUCACACACAUCAUCUCCAUCGACGUGGAAGACCUAUUUGGCGACUAUGAGAAUCUUCUCGGGGACUUACACUAGCGAGCCUCUACUGGCUCUGAUGUUCCGUCCGCUUGUCGCCAUUACUCUGCCAGCCGUGUUCUGGGCGACUUUGAUCAACGCAAUCACCACUGGCAUGAUCGUU